CUCAUGAAAUAGCCUUUGUGUGUAAAAAUAGUUAUCAACUACUAAAUAGCUGUGUUUACGAAAUGGCCGAUGAUCCAGAAAACUCUGUGGACAAGCCUGACGAUAACGAUGCUGGCAAACCGGAGAAAAUGUUUACGCUUAAGAAGUGGAAUGCCGUUGCAAUGUGGAGUUGGGAUGUCGAAUGUGAUAUUUGUGCUAUUUGCCGAGUCCAGGUUAUGGAUUCCUGUCUACGUUGUCAGGCGGAAAACAAGCGCGACGUGCUCGGUCGCCAGGAUUGCGUCGUUGUCUGGGGCGAAUGCAACCAUUCGUUUCAUCACUGCUGCAUGUCACUGUGGGUGAAACAAAAUAAUCGCUGCCCCCUCUGUCAACAGGAAUGGUCCAUACAACGCAUGGGCAAAUGAGUGCUGGAAAAGUUGUCCAUCCACGGUUGGCGCACGUGACACUUACUACUUCGGAGUUUCUAUUGCAGUUCUAAUCGUUAGGCAUUUAUAUUGUUUUUUGUAUAAGAAAGAAAUCCCUAUUUAAAUAAAAUUGUAAACCUAA